CCCUCAUAGACUCAACAUAACCGAAUGAGCAAAACACAGCGGACCAGAUCGGGUUUCACGCUAAAACAUUUCAUAUUUGGACAUAUUAUUAUUUUCAGGUCUGUGCUGCGGUCUGAUGGCUUCAUGAUAACAUCCAACAGAGCAGAGCCUGUUCAGCACCAUGGCCCACGCUGAGGAGCAGCCUGAGAAACACUGCUGGGUGUGUUUUGCCACUGACAGAGACGACCACAGUGCAGAGUGGGUGAGCCCCUGCAGGUGUAAAGGCUGCACUAAAUGGAUCCACCAGGCCUGCCUGCAGCGCUGGCUGGACGAGAAGCAGAAAGGAAACAACGGAGGAGCGGUCAGCUGUCCGCAGUGCGGCACUGAAUACCACAUCACCUUCCCCAAGAUGGGCCCGUUGGUGUAUUUCCUCGAGCAGGUAGACAGAGCGCUGUCACGGGCCAGUCCAUUCGCUGCUGUGGGGGUGGUGGUCGGGACUGUCUACUGGUCCGCUGUCACAUACGGAGCUGUGACUGUCAUGCAGGUUGUGGGACAUAAGAAGGGUCUUUACGUGAUGGAGCGAGCCGACCCCCUGUUCCUGUUGAUGGGUCUGCCCACCAUUCCUGUGGCGCUGGUCCUGGGAAAGAUGAUCCGCUGGGAGGAUUAUAUAGUGAGGCUGUUGCAGAGAUACUGUUAUAAAGGGAAGCUCCCACCAGGAUCCAGUCGUUAUCUUCCUCGUGUCCCCGUGGACGGAGCUAGUGCAGGAGAUCGCCUCUCCGUGUCCAGGACUCUGUGUGGAGCUCUCAUCUUUCCCUCCAUCGCCAGUCUGGUGGGACGGCUGCUGUUUGGACGGAUGCCCUCCAACCUUCAGCGCACUGUGCUGGGCGGCGUCGCGUUCGUGUUGAUCAAGGGAGUUUUGAAGGUGUAUUUCAAACAGCAGCAGUUCAUCAUUCAGGCCAAACGACACAUCCUCAACUACCCCGAAAGAAGCAGGGACGGACAGACCGAAGGCGGGGAGGAGGACACGGAGGACAGUGGCAAUGAAUAGUUUUAGUAGCCUGGACUGAGGCCAGAGAUGAAGAUACAAAAGCAAAACAUAUUUUACCAUAAAACACAAAGCAGAACAUUCAUGUUUGAGACGUGUAGAGGAGUGUUUGGGUAUGUUGGAGCCUUUAGUUCUAGUCUCAUCACAAAGGUAAUUGUUAUUAACCAAUAAGAAUCAUCGAGUUUACAAGCAGUGAAGUCACCGUGUUAAAGUCAGCUUUCAGCAGACGUCUGAGCCCUCAAACAUCUCGAAACCGGGUUUGAUGAGUGAGACGAGGGAGUCGAAGUGAGCAUGUGCAGGACAAGGACUUCAGGCAGGCUAAAGGAAAGGAAAGAUGGCGAUUAUCAGUACACACACAGCAGAACUACGUUCAAAUCAUUUCAUCCAGAGUCUGACUGAAGCUGCUGAAGGUUCACCUGAGUCCUCUGAGUCUGCAGAGUCUCAGACAGACCGAGUUCAUUAUUGCACGUCACACAUUCAGCCGUUCAUGUGCCUUAUUUGAAGCACUUUUCCACAACGGAACAAGCUUUACGAAGUGCGAGCUGCCUGUCAAUCCUGGACCGGAACACGAGGAUCAGGAUUCAUUCCUGCACAGUUCUCCAUCUGAAGCUGCUUUGUGUCGUCCAGGUUCUUCGAUCUGAUGGAUGAAAGCUGUUUUCCUUCUGACUCCAGGAUGUUUAGAUUCUUGCUUAGCACUGACGUUGUUUAAUAAAAGGUUGGCGGGUAUCUUGUUUUAGCAUUGUCACCUGCUGAAUCCGAGCUGUGUGCAGACUGAAGUAAUGGAUGCUGGAGUGGAAAUGAUCCCACAGCUCCCAGUACAGGAGACUCAAACCAGUCGAGCAUUUCAGAACGAGUCUGCAGCAGUUUUUGGACGAUUGUUUGCACUUCCUGUUGUGGCUCAGCUGAAGCAGAGCUGCUCAGUUACUUAGAAGAUAAAAAUAAAAGUUUGAGAUUGAUUAUUGGUUUGGAGCUUUUCGUGCUGAAGAUGAGGAGGUCCUGGUCUUCACGAGGCUGAGGACGCCCGUCAUGAAGAACGAGACUCGGGGACUUUAACUGCACGGUUUCCCUGCAGACGUUAUGUGUACGUUAAAGGAGCUCUUCUUCUUUUAAGCUUUGGUGAAUUUGUUAAUAAAGCUGUUUGUAAAACAAGUGUGACAUAUUUUAUU